CUCUUGCCAAUAGCCAGAUAUCAUAUCUUCUGUAUGCAUCUAUGAACUCAGAAACAACCAAUCAGAAGACAGGCAGAGAUCAAGGAAAAGUGGAGAUGUGUGUUUGCUGCCAAGAGCUGUGAAGUAGCUCUGCAAGGGAGAAGUGAUGGCGCACAGGAAGCCUGCGAAGAUCAGGAAGGCUGCUGAAGAGGCAACGGAGAACCACCAAGGAAUGCCUGCAGCCAAAAGACAGCGCUAUGAAAAAGGUGGCAUUGCCGCACACAAGGGCGAUGUUUGUCAGAACUGUGAGAAGGGGGGUGAACUGCUCAUAUGUGAGGCUCGAUGCCGUGGGGCAUUUCACUUAGAGUGCCUUGGGUUAACGGAGGUGCCCAAGAGGAAAUUUAUUUGCAAUGAAUGUCGCUCAGGGGCCCACAGGUGUUUUAUUUGUAAACAGAGUGGGAACAGUGUUAAAAGGUGCCUUCUGCCAUUGUGUGGGAAGUUUUAUCAUGCCAACUGUGUCCAAAAAUAUCCACCUACUGUCAUGCAGGAUAGGGGUUUUCGUUGCCCACUCCACUCAUGUAUAACUUGCCAUGCUGCUAAUCCAGCUAGAGUUUCGGCAUCUGAAGGCCACUUGAUGAGAUGCGUGCGCUGCCCCGUGGCAUACCAUGCCAAUGACCUUUGUCUGGCGGCUGGGUCAAAAAUCCUGACACCUAAUAGUAUCAUCUGCCCUAAUCAUUUUACACCUAAGGAGGGCUGCAAAGAUCACAAGCAUGUUAACGUUAGAUGGUGUUUUGUCUGUUCAGAGGGGGGCAACCUUCUAUGUUGUGAUGCUUGCCCUGCUUCUUUUCACCUGAAAUGUGUGGGCAUCGAAUUUCCUGAAGGAGACUGGUAUUGUGAUGACUGCAGAGCUGGUAAAAAGCCACAUUACAUGGAACUGGUUUGGGUUAAAGUUGGCAGGUACAGGUGGUGGCCAGCUGAGAUCUGUCAUCCUCAAGAUGUACCUCCAAAGGUCAAUGAUAUGGCGCACGAUAUUGGUGAAUUCCCAGUGCUGUUUUUUGGCUCCAAUGACUAUCUGUGGACGCACAAGGCCAGGGUCUUCCCCUACAUGGAACGGGAUACAAGCAGCAGGGCUAAAAUGAGUAGGAGAGUAGAUGCCAUCUAUAAGAAAGCUCUGCAGGAGGCGGCAGUGAGGUUUGAAGAAUUAAAGGUGCAGAAAGAGCUAAGACAACUGCAGGAAGAACAAAAGAACGAUAAGAAGCCAGCACCUUAUAAACAUAUAAAGACAAACCGGCCUGUUGGUCGGGCACAGAUCUUUACCGUAGACCUGUCGGAUAUCCCCGAAUGUAAUUGCAAGGCAACUGAUGAAAACCCAUGUGGAAUAGGUUCUGAUUGUAUCAACCGUGUGCUAUUCUGUGAGUGCCACCCUGCAGUAUGUCCUGCUGGAGAACGCUGCCAAAACCAGUGCUUUGUUAAGCGCCAGUACCCAGAGGUGGAAAUUUUUCGCACAUUAGAGAGGGGCUGGGGUCUUCGAACCAAAACAGAUAUUAAAAAGGGUGAAUUGGUGGGUGAGUAUGUGGGGGAGCUGAUAGAUGACGCCGAAUGCAAGGCUCGGAUCCGUCAGGCCCAAGAACAAGGGAUCACUAAUUUUUACAUGCUCACUUUAGAUAGAUACAGGGUCAUUGAUGCUGGACCCAAGGGAAAUUACACCCGCUUUAUGAAUCAUUGUUGCCUUCCCAACUGUGAAACACAGAAGUGGUAUGUGAAUGGAGAUACCCGUGUUGGGCUUUUUGCCCUAUGUGACAUUCAAGCGGGCACAGAACUGACUUUCAACUACAACUUACAAAGUCUUGGGAGUGUAAAGACCAUUUGUAAAUGUGGAGCCCCAAACUGCAGUGGCUUUUUGGGCGUAAAACCAAAGGUAAUUCCCAAGCAUUCGCAUCGGAAACAGUGA